AACACUAACCCCGGAGCCUGAGGCUGGGCGCAGUGCAUCUUGGGGACGUUGGCGCGGCGUGAGCACGCGAGUGGCGGCGGCGGAGCUGGACUACAACGCCGGGCAUCUUGGGAGGCCGACUCAAGCCCUCCCAUGCCCGGCUGCGAGCUGCCCGUGGGCACGUGCCCGGACAUGUGCCCGGCCGCCGAGCGCACUCAGCGCGAACGGGAGCGCCGCCUUCACCGCUUCGAGGUAGCGCCGGGGAACUGCGGGGACCGGGCCCGGGCCGACCCGCAGCGCGCCGUGAAGGAGUACAGCCGGCCGGCCGCCGGCAAGCCCCGGCCCCCGCCCAGCCAGCUGCGGCCGCCGCCCGUGCUGCUGACCACCGUGCGCUACCUGGCCAGCGAGGUGGCCGAGCGCCUCGACGCGUCCCGCGCAGAGGUGGCCGGCUUCGUGGCGGACCGGCUGCGCGCCGUGCGGCUGGACCUGGCGCUGCAGGGCGCGGACGGCACCGAGGCGGUCGCGGUGCUGGAGGCGGCGCUGGCCACGCUGCUGGCCGUGGUGGCGCGGCUGGGGCCCGACUCGGCGCGUGGGCCCGCGGACCCGGCGCUGCUGCAGGCCCAGGUGCAGGAGAGCUUCGGCUCGCUGCGGCGCUGCUACGCGCGGGGCGCCGGACCGCACCCCCGCCAGGCGGCCUUCCAGGGCCUAUUCCUGCUCUAUAACCUGGGCUCCACGGCGGCCCUGCACGAGGUCCUGCAGCUGCCCGCGGCCCUGCGCGCCUGCCCGUCUCUGCGCAGGGCUCUGGCAGUGGACGCCGCCUUCCGCGAGGGCAACGCCGCUCGCCUCUUCCGUCUGCUCCGGACCCUGCCCUACCUGCAGAGCUGCGCCGUGCGUUGCCACGUGGGCCAUGCCCGCCGCGGAGCCCUGGCCCGCCUCGCUCGGGCCCUGAGCACUCCCAAGGGUCAGGCUUUGCCCCUGAGCUUCGUGGUGCGCCUAUUGGCCCUGGAUGGGCUCGAGGAAGCGCGGGACCUGUGCCAGGCCCACGGGCUGCCCAUGCAUGCGGAGGAGAGCGUCGUGUUCCUGAGGGGUCGCUUCACUGAGGAGGGGUUGCCACCUGCCGGGACCUGCGGCCUAUUGGUGGGCAGCAAACUUGGGGAACACACCCUGGAGGAGGUGGUCAUGGCAGAGGAGGAAGAUGAGGGAGUGGACAGAUCCAAGCACCCCACAUGAGCCCAGGGGUAAGGUGCCCUCUCUGUCCUUUGUUCUGAUUCUCAGACCAUAAAAGGAGUUUGUUUUAUAAGGA